AUGAAAGUUCUGAGCUGGCUAUCUUUCGCCCUCUUUUCCAUAGUUUCUGUAAGCGCACACGAGGAGCCGCAGGAGCUCAAGGUCGAGACGACCUUUAUGCCUUCAGAGUGUCUACACAAGGCACGAAAAGGGGACCAAUUGAAGGUUCACUAUACCGGGACUCUGUUCUCUAACGGGAACAAGUUUGACUCGAGCCUUGACCGUGGUCAACCAUUCACCUUGACUCUCGGCGCUGGGCAAGUCAUCCAAGGAUGGGACGAAGGCCUUCAAAGCAUGUGCUUGAGCGAGCAACGCACUCUGACCAUCCCCUCUCCCAUGGGCUAUGGACCAUACGGCUUCGGUAACAUUAUCCCGCCGAAUGCUGGCCUCGUUUUCACCGUUGAGCUCGUCGGCCUUGAACCAUCAGCAGGAGCGGAUGAACGGGAAGAGCUGUAA